GGGGCCGUCAAUAUAUAUAUACUAAUAGACAUAUGGCCCAAUCCACUAAUGUCCAGGUGGUCUGUGAUGCAAAAUUAAAAAUUAUGAGUGUUGUUGCAGGUUACCCUGGUGGCUGCCAUGACUCCUUCAUCCUCAGUCAGUCAUCGCUCUUCGAAAAAUUUGAGGACGGACAAAUGCCUGAUGGCUGGCUGCUGGGUGAUGGUGGUUACGGCUGCUACUCUUGGCUCCUUACUCCAUUGUCCCAUCCUGAUUCUCCUGCUGAACACAGUUACAAUCAUGCACAUAAGGCUACGCGGAAUGUGAUAGAAAGAUGUUUUGGUGUGCUGAAAUCACGGUUUCGGUGUCUGGAUAAAUCUGCAGGCCUUUUGUUGUAUAGUCCCUCAAAGGUGACUAGGAUUGUGUUCUGCUGCUGUUUUCUCCAUAAUCUGUGUUUAAGUCAACAUCUGGCACAUGAUGAGGGAGAAAGCAGUCAGCAAGCAGAGGAGUUAGAAACAUCUGGUGACAGUGUGAGUACAUAUGUAGGGAGGCAGGUACGGCAAGAAGUGAUUCAGCGGUAUUUUUCGGAUAACUGAGGUGAUCUGGGCUCAUCACUCUGUGGACUCGCCAAUAGUGCCUGUGGUGGCUGGGGUGAGACUGCAGAAAUGCGCCGCCUGGGUGGGGAAGAUGGAGCCGCAGAUUCAGAGACAAGACGCCGUGUCUUACUUGGCCUCCUGGAAUAUGUGACUACAGUGAAUUCUUACCUGCAAUACCAGCAUCAUCCUGAGUUGUCUGUGGCCUGUCUGGCCGGCUGGUCUGUCGGACUGUUGAAAAAGUGUUAAAAACAUUAUGACCAUACUUUGUAAAAAAAUGCUAACUGCAAAGCAUUAGUGUACUGUAACCA